AUGGAAAAGGAAUUGAUAAGGAAGAAGAAACAUAUUUCUGAGUUUGGGAUUAAGGCCGCAAAAAAUUCUAACAAAGCUAAGGUGGUAUCUUCCUCUUCUAAGUCUUCCAUCGAUAUUCAGAUUAGAAAUUCUUUACUAUUCAAGAAUGCUAGCAAGAUGAUGUAUGCUGGUGCAAGGUUGAGAAUUAUUUGCAAAGGGGGCAUAAAUUUUAAUUUGAAGAGAUUGGUUGAAAUGGAAGAGGAGGAAAUCGCUGAUAGGAAGGAAGCGUUGAAGAAAUUUGCGGAGUUAGAAGAGGGAGAAAUUUCUGAUACGGGGGAUGACGCUUCCCUUUCUUUGGAGUGGUUUUUAGGUUUUGGCGAUAUUGAUGUUGUUGGGCCUGUUUUUGUUUUGGUCGUAAGGUUCGAUUGGUGUUUGCUUGUAUUCAGGUCGGUUUUCUUUGGGUUUAUGCCAAAGUCUCGUCGCCAAGCAAGACAUCCGGUGCUUGAAAGUACGACAGCUGCUUUCGUUGAGAGCUGCGAUAACGGGGUUGCCAUCGAUAUCGGUAAGGCGGCCUUUUGCACCACUCUCAACUUGCUAUCGAACGCGAUUUUCUCGGUCGAUCUUAUCGACCCUAGCUCCGGUUCCGCAAAAGAGUUUAAGGAGUUUGUGUGGAAUAUGAUGGAGGAGAUGGGAAAACCGAACUUGGCCGAUUAUUUUCCGGCCCUUAAAACGAUCGAUCCGCAAGGGAGGCAGCGUCGUUUGACGGGGUAUUUUGGGAAAAUUAUUGGUGUGUUUGAUGAACUAAUCAAAACACGGUUGCUUGCAAGGAAAACACUUGAUCAUUCGGACGAGACCGAGGACAUGCUACAUACUCUUCUCGGCAUUGAAGAGAGCAGUCACGAGAUCGAUCGCGGCAUUUCGAGCAUUUGUUUUUGGUUAGACCUUUUUGUGGCAGGAACUGAUACAACUUCAAACACUCUGGAAUGGGCAUUGGCAGAACUACUUCACAACCCAACAAUUCUUUCGAAAGCCCAAGAAGAGAUGGAUCAAAUCAUCGACAAAGACUGCCCUGUUGAAGAAGAAGAUCUCGCUAGGCUACCUUAUUUGCACGCGAUAAUAAAGGAGACCUUCCGUCUCCACCCACCAACCCCUCUCCUACUCCCUCGAAAAGUAGAAGAAGAUGUAGACCUCUGCGGUUUUAGAGUUCUGAAGGGCGCAAAAGUGCUCGGACAAGAUUUCGAGCUGAUUCCGUUUGGAGCCGGAAAGAGAAUAUGUCCUACAGUCGGUUUCGCGAACUGGAUGCUUCAGUUGAUGUUGGCUUCUCGUGUUCAUUCGUUUGCGUGGAAGCUUGAGGAUGGCAUUGGUGCAGAGGAUAUGGAUAUGGAUAUGGAGGAUGAGUUUGGGAUUAAUCUGCGAAAGGCUCAGUGUCUAAUACAAGAGCACUACUAG